UUCUUACAGCGGAUGGAAGCGCUCGCCAAGUUACUCGCUGUUCCUGUGAUGAAAUAUGCCCGAGACAUAAGGCUUUAUUAUCAUCAUAAUAAUCGUUUCUUAAAUCUCCCUCGGAUGUAGGAUUUCACUGACUUCUUUCUUUUCUGAAAAGUGCAACUCAAGCUCGGGAGCAGGUAACUUAAAUGGGAAAUAUGGCAGUUAGGAGCGUCUUUUGAAGUCUCUUUCCCUUUCGUCGCUGGAUUGAUCGUGUAACUAAUCGAGAGAGUGUUGUUUGAAAAGCCUCAUGCUUUCACCGGGUCAAGAGGAGCACUGUGCGCCCACCAAAGAGCCAGUCAAGUACGGAGAACUGGUGGUUUUGGGGUACAAUGGUUCACUCCCCAAUGGAGACAGAGGGCGAAGGAAAAGCCGGUUUGCCCUUUACAAGAGAGCCAAAGCCAACGGUGUCAAACCCAGCACUGUACACAUCCUUAACACGCCACAAGCCAGCAAGGCGGUGAACUGUAAGGGCCAGCACAGCAUCUCCUACACGCUGUCCAGAAACCAGACGGUGGUGGUGGAGUACAGCCAUGACAAAGACACAGACAUGUUCCAGAUUGGACGAUCUACGGAGGGCCCUAUUGACUUUGUGGUGACUGACACCGUGUCAGGCGGAGGGGAGAGUGAAGACACACCCAUCACUCAAAGCACCAUCUCCCGCUUUGCCUGCCGGGUGGUGUGUGAACGUAACCCGCCCUACACGGCGCGUAUCUACGCUGCAGGCUUCGAUUCUUCCAAGAAUAUAUUUCUCGGAGAGAAAGCAGCCAAAUGGAAGAAUCCAGAUGGUCACAUGGACGGGCUGACAACCAAUGGUGUGCUAGUCAUGCACCCGCGGGGCGGGUUCACAGAGGAGUCCAAGCCUGGUGUGUGGAGGGAGAUAUCAGUGUGUGGAGAUGUUUACACACUGAGAGAAACACGCUCCGCUCAAACACGAGGCAAACUGGUGGAGAGUGAGAGUAACGUACUCCAGGAUGGCUCUCUGGUUGACCUGUGCGGAGCCACGUUACUCUGGCGCACAGCCGAUGGCCUUUUCCACACCCCCACUCAGAAGCACCUGGAGGCUUUGCGCCAGGAGCUCAAUGCAGCCCGGCCUCAGUGCCCCGUGGGACUCAACACCCUGGCCUUUCCCAGCAUGCAACGCUGCAGCCGUGCCCUGGCCAGUGUCCCCACCCAGGAGGACAAGCAGCCGUGGGUCUAUCUUGCUUGUGGCCACGUUCAUGGCUACCACGACUGGGGCCACCGUUCUGAAAGAGACCCCAAUGCUCAAAGAGAGUGUCCCAUGUGCAGAACCGUGGGCCCCUACGUGCCGCUCUGGCUUGGAUGCGAACCAGCAUUUUACGUAGAUACCGGCGCACCAACGCACGCCUUCGUACCUUGCGGCCACGUGUGCUCUGAAAAGUCAGCCCGCUAUUGGGCGGAGAUUCCUUUACCGCACGGCACCCACGCUUUCCAUGCCGCCUGUCCCUUCUGCACUACCCAACUCAAUCUGGCGCAAAAGUGGGCGAAGCUCAUCUUUCAGGAGCCUGUAGACUGAGAGUGUAGAGGAGGCGGACAGUGGAUUAUUGUGGAAUUGAAGCAGAAUCCAAUAUGCUGAAGGACAAUUAAUUCGUAGAAGGUGCGACCGCAAGCUGUGAAACUGCCCUUGAAAUGCUUAUGCUGGAGAGCAGGUUCUUGCUCAUUAACGUGGUGAUAGUUGGCGAAGGACAGGUGUCCAUCAUGAUUUUCUUAGUUAUUUCAUCUACCGGCCUACAAGAUGUCAAUUCACACCAGCAUUACCACAUCACUCAGGAGAUUUAAUUCUUUCUAUACCUGGCUUUAGACCUGAGGUGCUUUGUUAGAUUCUUUCUUGGUGAUCAACCUUCCUGUGGAGUUUUGUUGCUUUUAAUAAUCCUUCCGGUGCUUUCCAAAGAACAUUAGAUUUGGAACUAAACUGUGCAGGAUGGUCGGAGGACCAGGACCAGGACUGAACAUACAUUAAGUAGUUCAAUGUGUGGGAACUCCCAAAAGAAAGGAUCCAGUAUCCCAAACUCCACUGUAGGCUUCUACAAGGAUCCACUUGUUGGAGCAGUGAUUUGGGAACUGCAGUACUAAAAUGGUAGUUUCCAAAGAUGG